AUGGAAUCGAAGAAAAUGCACCCUUCCCUUCUGAUAAGUGUUUUAAUUGGUGUAUUCAUAACACCGUAUGUGUUCGAACGAGUUGAGGCUGCAACAAAUUCCAAAGUAUUUGAGCUCACGGAUCGUUUCAUCGACGUACGUCAUGAAGGCCAAUGGCUAGUAAUGUUCUACGCCCCUUGGUGUGGUUAUUGUAAAAGGACAGAGCCAAUAUUUGCCUUGGUAGCACAGGCUUUGCAUGCCACCAAUAUCCGAGUGGGACGAUUGGACUGUACUAAAUAUCCAGCUGCAGCCAAGGAAUUUAAAGUACGCUCAUAUCCAACUAUAAUAUUUGUUAAGGGCAACAUGGAGUACACCUAUACAGGCGAUCGCUCCAAAGAUGAAUUAGUAGAUUAUGCUCUUCGAAUGAGUGGUCCACCGGUUCAAUUAGUUACUAGGACGGAAAGUGUUGAUAUGCUAAAGGGAUCGCAUACGAUAUUUUUCAUGUUUGUGGGACAACAAGAAGGUGUUGUGUGGGACACAUUUUAUGCUGCCGCUGAAAACUAUCAAGAGCAUGGGUUCUUCUACGCCACUUCGCCAGAUGUGGCUGCGCAACAUUUCGAUUUUGAGCAUUUACCAGCCGUUAUUGUCUACAAAGAGGAACAGCAUCACUUCUAUCCACAUGCUCAUAAAGCACACGAGAUGGACGCCGAUUUGGUCAAUGAAACAAUUCAUCAAUUUGUUAAUGUGGAGCGUUUUGUGGCUUUCCCCAAAAUAACCAGAUUCAAUAUCAACCAAUUGUUAAAAACCAAGAAGUAUCUUGUCGUUGCCGUAGUAGAAGAGGAUAAACUUAACCAGAUUGCAACGCAUGAAUUGGAGUUCCGAGAUAUGGUGGAGACUGUAAUAAGGAAACAUCGUGAUCGUUAUCAUGACAAGUUCCAGUUUGGUUGGAUUGGUGAUCCAAGUAUUGCGCAUUCUAUUAUCAUGGACGAAAUGCCUACUCCCCAUAUAAUUGUCAUAAAUUCAACUACCCAAGAACACUAUCUGCCUGAUGAUGAUCCAAUGCAAAUGACACCACAAGCUUUACACAUAUUCCUUGAGAGUAUUCACAACGAAAGUGCAACCGCAUUGGGUGGUGAUACGUAUUUUGUGCGAUUGAAUCGAGCUUUAUUUGAGGGCAAGAAGGCACUAUUUGAAAUGUGGCGCGGUAAUCCUGUAUUAACUUCGGUUAUCUUUGGUCUUCCAAUGGGAUUCCUUUCACUGAUUUUGUAUUCCAUCUUUUGUGGGGAUUGUCUCGUCACAGAAGAAGAGGAAGAUGAUCACGAAAAGAAGGAGUAA